GGCAAACCCCAUCGGCUUCACCACCACCACACCCCUGCCAUGCCCAUUGCUAUUAAUAUUUCUUCGCCGUCUUCCAAUCUCCAUCCGCGAUCCAUUGGUUGCAGGCUUCCUCCGGCAUGGCCGCCGCCGUCUCCACCAUCGGAGCUGUCAACCGAGUCCCGCUGAGCCUGCAUGGCUCCAGCUCGGGAGCUUCGAUCCCUAGCUCAGUGUUCUUGGGGAGCAGCUUGAAGAAGGUGAACUCGGUUCCCAGCCACGGGAGGGUCCCCACUCGCACCUUCAAGGUCUUGGCUGCAGACCUGGACGAGUCGAAGCAGACCGAGAAAGACCGGUGGGCGGGGCUCGCUUACGAUGUAUCGGAUGAUCAGCAGGACAUCACCAGAGGGAAGGGGCUGGCCGAUUCCCUCUUCCAAGCACCCACGGGCGAUGGGACUCAUGAGGCCGUCAUGAGCUCCUACGAAUACAUCAGCCAGGGCCUCCGUCAGUACAACCUCGACAACACCAUGGAUGGAUUCUACAUCGCUCCCGCUUUCAUGGACAAACUUGUUGUUCACAUCUCCAAGAACUUCAUGAACUUGCCCAACAUCAAGGUUCCAUUGAUUUUGGGUGUCUGGGGAGGCAAAGGGCAGGGGAAAUCCUUCCAGUGUGAGCUCGUGUUCGCCAAGAUGGGAAUCAACCCUAUAAUGAUGAGUGCCGGAGAACUGGAAAGUGGGAAUGCAGGAGAGCCUGCAAAAUUGAUCAGGCAAAGGUACCGGGAGGCAGCCGAAAUCAUCAAGAAGGGGAAGAUGUGCUGCCUCUUCAUCAACGAUCUCGACGCCGGAGCUGGGCGGCUCGGCGGCACCACCCAGUACACCGUCAACAACCAGAUGGUGAACGCCACCCUCAUGAACAUCGCCGAUAACCCAACCAACGUGCAGCUCCCGGGAAUGUACAACAAGCAGGAGAACCCCCGCGUUCCCAUCAUCGUCACCGGAAACGACUUCUCCACCCUCUAUGCUCCGCUCAUUCGUGAUGGUCGUAUGGAGAAGUUCUACUGGGCGCCAACCAGAGAGGACCGCAUCGGCGUCUGCGCCGGAAUAUUUAGGACCGACAAUGUCGCCAAGGAGGACAUUGUCAAGCUCGUCGAUUCGUUCCCCGGCCAGUCCAUCGACUUCUUUGGCGCCCUCCGAGCCAGGGUGUAUGAUGAUGAGGUGAGGAAAUGGGUUGCAGAGAUCGGGGUUGAAAGCGUGAACAAGAAGUUAGUCAACUCACUGGAAGGACCGCCGACGUUCGACCAGCCCAAGAUGAGCCUCGCCAAGCUAAUGGAGUACGGUAACAUGCUGGUGAAGGAGCAAGAGAACGUGAAGAGGGUGCAGCUGGCCGACAAGUACCUGAGCGAGGCCGCGCUGGGAGACGCCAAUGAGGACGCCAUUAACACGGGACAGUUCUACGGGAAAGCAGCUCAACAGGUGGGCGUCCCAGUUCCAGAAGGGUGCACUGAUCCGAUUGCCACAAACUUUGAUCCGACGGCCAGGAGCGACGAUGGGAGCUGCUUGUACCCCGUCUGAGUGUGUGGUUUUUGUGAUUGAUGGAAACAUAUCGGAGACGACGCCUUCUUUGUCUAUGCAUGGGGUGGAAUAGCAGUAGCAGCAGUCGCUGUGUUGUAAACAUACCUAUGUGACUCUUUUAAAUCCAUAAACGGCUUUUAUUCUUA